AUGUCUACUGUGCCGAUCCUGUGUGAAAGACUGGGAGAGAUUGGCUUCAGAGAGACCAUCAAGCGCUUAAAGAAACAAAAACUUCUAGUGAAAUUCGUAAAGGACUUAGUAGCCAAAUGGUCUGCUGGGUUCCCAGAGGUCACACAAUACUUUGGCUUGGAGAAAAGCCUCACAGGAGACUACCACCAGAGCAACUCUCCAGAAGAGAAGCCCCAUGAACCCACAUCACAGGAAAACCAAGAAGCUGGCAUAGAGGACUACUUUGGACUCAGCAGCUGCAGUCCCGACAAAAUCUCACACCUGAACCCAAGCCAAACAUCACACAUAAGGUCCAGUCCUUGGGAAUCUAGCAGUCGAAGCCGGGAUCAUGGAGCAAAACGGAGCCAUGAGCAGCAGCUAGCUGGCCAGAACGUGGUGCAGGUCUCACCACCCUUCAAGAGGAAGAGGCAACUUCUCUGUCAAGCUGAGGUGCAGACGCUUCCUGCAAAGGUACCUUCAUGUGAGUGUCCAAGCCCCAAGGAUCUGAGUCUCAUCACUGCCUGCUCCAUUCAAGAGUCUCACUCCAAUGGACAAGACUGCUUCCCAAGGGAUGUUGUCUUGGAGUCAUCUUCCCCUGAGCAGGAACAAGAAGCCCCAGCUUGGGGGUGGGCACUGAGGAAGAACCACAAGACCCAAGUCUAUUCAGGUCGCAGGCCUGCAGACUGUCUCCAGCAGAAAGCCAACCUAUGGCUCCUUGAUGAGGAUCCCUCAGGAACCUGGGAUAUUGUCCACUGCCAGGCUUGUAAGGACAUUGCUGGGCCUGUGCAGCCAGAAGAGAUAUCCUGGCCAGAGAACGAAACCUGCAAGCAAACCAAUAGCCAUCCUGAGUCCCACACAGGCCUGCAGCUUCCGGAGUCCCAAGAGGAGAGACUGAAAAGACUGAGAGCCCACAUCAAAAGCCAAAGUACCAAGAGGCAGCAAGCCAGACAGACAAUAAUGGUCUCCUUCUACAAUCAACACAAGAGUCCUGGACAACAAGGAGAGCCUGGACGCAGAGGGGUUGCCUCUACCCAACAUACACACAGUCUUCCUGAGGCUCCUACCCAUCCCCGAGCACAGAGAGGUUCCUGCCUGAACUCUGGAGAGAGAAGCAGCAAAAAGGCCCAGGCUAAGAGACCUGCUCCUCUUAUGGCCAAGGCUCUCAGGGCCUACAGCUAUAGGUUAUCUAAAAAGUGA